GAUACAGAGGGAGGGCUGUGGGAUGUCAUGUGUAAAGAAGGAGAUUCUCAUUGGAGGCAAAGAGAGAGAAGAUCACUAUGCACGUUUGGAAAAAGGGAAAAAGGGGGAAACAAAAGCAUCCUACAUGGUGAAGCCAUCUUGGUUGCACACUCAGGACUUCAGGACCAAAUCUGUCAUUAUUAAGUGUAGCGGCUUUGGAAAAGAGUUCUCUUAAAGCAGGAUGAUGUCCUCCAAGCUGAAGUGGCUGAUUGUGAUCCAGCUCCUGCUGAAUGAACAGGCCCUGUGUAGGGUUCCACCUCCUUUGGCACAGAGAGGCACUCUGCUUCCAGGAAGUGACACCCAUGAAGCUGUAGAGGAGAUGACCAAACAGAAUCUUCACUCUCUCCUGGAAUCGCAGCUCUGGUCUGGUCUCUCGCUUGUGGAAAAAUCAGAAAGAAUCCAGUCUGCCAGACGGAUGACAUCAGUCCUCAGAGUGAACCUUCAGGAGGAGAUUCAAGAUCAUUUCCACAUUCAAGGGAACAUCAGCUGUGAGGAGCUGCUGUCAGCCAGCGCUGUGGAUGACUCAUUGUCCUCUGUAUUCCCCAAGGAGCUGCUGGGUCUGUCUUUAGUACCUGUGUUGGUGGUGGCAGGGUGCCCAAAGGAGGCGCAGACCCUGUUGCUGAAGCUGUAUGAUCUGCUGGGAGAAGCUGACACAGACCAGCUCCUGAUGGAGGUGGAGGGCCUGAUAAAGGGGAAGAUGAGCAAAUCAGCAGCUUCACCAACACCUGCAUCAGCAGCAUCGCUUUCAGAGAGAGAUCAAGCUCAGCGACAUAUAGAAGCUGUGAUGUUUAACAUUGAGCAGCUGGCUUUCAUGGGAGAAGGUAGCUCUAAUCAGGAUGGGCACUGCGAGGGUUGGAGUAGAGUAAAUGGGACCACGCUGGUAGGACCAGCUGUGGAGGGAGGCACAGGUGGACUGGAGGAUGCUGUGAUCAGCUGUGAAAGACUGGGAGUCCUGUGUGCUGGUGUGACCAGCGGUGGACCUCACAAACCUGGGAUGUACCAAGCAGUGUGGAAGAAAGGUAGUCGCAUACUGCCAUCUGAAUCCACCGAGUCUGAGACCUGGAUCCAUCAGUGCAGUGGCCGCCGUAGCUACUGGUCAAACGGUUGAAGCGCAGCCCCCCAGAGGAACUGUAUCAACAAAAGUGAGCAGCGAGUGUACAGCGUGAUGGAGUGGAUCCCUGGAGUCAGCACACUCUACAACCUCGGCACAGCUGUGUAUUAUGCCUCAGUCAACUGCUCUGAAACAGCCAAGGAGAGAGCCAUCCUCAGUGCUGUUGACCUCGGAACGGAUGCCCUCAUGGUCGCUACGGGUGGGACUGCUGGGGUGGCGGGCUAUGCUCUGGGUGCAGGGGGGAAGACUGGUGUGAAAGCUGGGGUCAGGUAUCUGCUCAACUCCAUGAAGGAGGAAGACGACGUGCUGGUGAACCAGUUCAGCUGGGAGCAGGGCGUCAUCACCGUAGACUGAAAGAUCAAUAAAUCACCCUCUUAAGCUUUGGCAAUAAAUACUGACAUAGUUAAAAUUUUUAAAGACAGAAGAUCAAUAUUUGCUUACAUAUUACAUUAGAUUACAAAUUAAUGUAUUCCUCAGUGGAUUUUCAGACUCACGUUGUGAAAAAAGAAUUUUGCUUUUCUUUCUUUGUAUCACUGUGCACAACAAAAGAAUCUUGUUAAGAUGGAUUCCAAUUAGUCUGCAUAUGAAAUUCUUAUUUUUUUAGAGCGCGAGAGACAAUGUAAGCUAACAGCUAAAUAAAAAGGCUUUCCCUAGAGUGAAACAUGAACUCCACAUUAGCUGAAAACAAAUUCAAUAAUCUAUAACCUCAGAAAGUAAGCUUUAAGCCAUUGUUUAGAAAUAAUAUCUCAAGUGUGUACUUUGUAAAGUAGCUUAGCAGUUAAUCGUAUUAGGCAGCAACAUUGAAGAACUGGUCUCAGGAAACAAAACCUUCAAUCCCUCAGUGCUUUGAUUUUGCCAGUCUCUGUUUAUCACCCUUUUUUUUUUUCUUGUCUCGUCCUCCCUUCGAAACCUAUCAUCAGGUUGUCAGGUUGUCAGGUCCCGGCCAUAUUCUCAGCUCUAGUGAAAUUACGGGGACAGUAGACCAAUGAUAAAAUAUUGUUGCUGUAUAUUUUUUUUCAGUAAAUGUUAAUAAAUUGUACAUUAAAUUGGUGGA